AUGGAAGUGCCUCCUCCUCCUCCGCAGAUGGAAGUGCCUCCUCCACCGGUGAUUUACAACAUCGGUGACCAAGUCGAAGUGAUAGGCCAUGAGGACGGCUUCUUCGACUCGUACUUCGAGGCCACCGUUGUCUCCCUUCUAGAUGGCGGCCGCUAUUGGGUCGAGUACGAGACGCUUGUCGAGGAUGACGAGACUGGAAUUCCUCUAAAGGAGGCAAUCCUUCCGACAAACCUCCGCCCGGCGCCACCACGUGUCAAUGUCCGUGGCGAGUACAAGCUGGACCAGAUGGUUAACGUAUUUUACAACGACGGGUGGUGGUACGGGAGGGUCAACGGAAAGAUCCUUGGCUACCACGCCAAGGGAUACACCGUGCACUUCAGCACCUACAAUGAGACCCUUCCGUUCCACUGCUCUUGCAUGAGGGUUCACCAUGACUUCAUUGAUGGAGAGUGGCACCGAGUUUAA